CAUAGCCGCUCGCCUUGGCCAGGAAACCCCGCGCGCUGACAACGCCCUGCCCCUCCACUCGUCGGUGAGCGGCCGUCCGCCAUCGGGGUAACAAUUUAAAUCGUUUACAUCAACGACAACGACCACCCCAAGACGACUCGUGCGUGCCGUCGACAAAGGUGAAGACGAAGUGAAGCAGUCGAGGCGCGUGCACAAGAAGUUCCGGCCGACGUCUCCGUGUUUGUAGCAAGCGAAGAUGCAGACGAUAAAGUGCGUGGUGGUGGGUGAUGGAGCUGUGGGUAAAACCUGCCUGCUCAUCUCCUACACCACCAAUAAGUUCCCUUCGGAGUACGUGCCAACGGUGUUUGAUAAUUAUGCGGUGACGGUGAUGAUCGGUGGAGAGCCUUACACACUGGGCCUUUUCGACACGGCGGGUCAGGAGGAUUACGAUCGGCUGCGCCCCCUCAGUUACCCGCAGACGGACGUCUUCCUUGUUUGCUUCUCCGUCGUGUCUCCAUCCUCCUUUGAGAACGUCAAGGAGAAGUGGGUGCCCGAGAUCACGCACCACUGCCCCAAGACGCCAUUCCUGCUGGUGGGCACGCAGAUCGACCUUCGCGACGACCCCAGCACCAUCGACAAGCUGGCCAAGAACAAGCAGAAGCCCAUCACGUGCGAGGCGGCCGAGAAGCUGGCGCGCGACCUCAAGGCCGUCAAAUACGUCGAGUGCUCCGCGCUCACCCAGAAAGGACUGAAGAAUGUAUUUGAUGAAGCCAUCUUGGCAGCGCUGGAACCGCCCGAGCCGAAGAAGAGGAGAAAGUGCCUUCUGCUCUAAGAGCUGCUACGGCAGCAGCAGCGGCAGCAGCAGCAGUAGUGAUGAUGGUUAUAAUUAAAUUCGAAUAAUCAUAUACCAGUGGUGCUGCCACCUAGACCAUAGCCCAUCCUAUGGGCCUGGAUGUCUCUCUGCAACCCACAAAACCUUUUACUCCCCCCCCCCCCCCCCUGUACCUCCACCCCUCCCAUAACCCGACAAACCUCGUCAUCGUCAAAAUCCUUCCCAUCUUCCUUUUCCUCAUCCUUUAAACUCAAUUUCCCCCCACCGGCCCGGCUCCUCCCCCCGCCUACCUUUCCCACCCACCGUGUUUUUUUUGUCUGUCCAGCACAAGCAGUUUAACGCGGUAUGUUAUUUUGUACUACUCCUCCACCACCUCCUUCCCGUGGAGGCAUUUAAAGUGUGUGUCGUAACAAAAUAAGCGCCAACACACGAGUGUAAUUGUAUGAACGAUGAUUAUAUAACUCCAACCCCCUUUGUUGUUUUAAAAAAUGUUUUUUUUUGUCCGUCUAACAACCUAUUUUUUGUUUCUUGAAAAAUAAUUUGAAACGAUACUGAACGCAUCCCGACAAUAUUAAACCUGUGGAUAUUUGACAAGCGUGUGUACUGGCGCCUGUCGCAAAUCGUACAAAAGGAAUGAGACUCGCACGAUUCAGCCAUUUACAAACGACUCGGCGAUAAACCCCGUGGAAAUAUUCCUCGUCAUGCAUAUGCACAUAUGUAAAUCGCCCCAAUGUUUACAUACGUAUGUAUAGCAAUGAACGGAAUUGGAGACGUUUAGCCGCAAUGUCAAGCGGCAAGUACAAGCAUCGUGGCAUUGCUCCCCAAACGCGUUUUGUAGCAAACGUCAAUUGUCGCGCAAAAUGUGAGACGCUGCUUGUGGCGGUGAGAGCGGUGUUCAGCCGGCGGCGGCGGGGGGGGGGGUCCAGCCUCUGCUAUAAGUGUACCAAGUCGUAGCGUGCGUCGUGACAAACGCGUCACCGCGUCCUGCAACCCCGUGGAGGUGGGGCAGGGUGAUGGGUUGCCGUUGCAGCUCACGGGAGACGCGUUUUAAACCCGCUUGCCAGCCUGAGAUCGCUGUUGGAAUGUUUUUAACGGAGCAAGGAAAGCGCGCGUUUAAGUUGGUUAGAGAAAUUAAAUGCAUAUUAAAAACAAAAAAAACCUGUAAAAGUUUAGCAUGUCGGUGAAAGUUUUUUUUUUUAAAGUGAAAAUUGAUACGAAGUCAAAAAUAAAUAACAGAACAUGGUAAUUUCUAUUUGUAGUGAGUAGUGUGACUACAUCCUGUACAUAGGUAAUAAGCCAGGGCUUUAUUUCUUGCUGAAUAAUUUGUGGGUCGCUGGUAGACUGGGGAGUAGGUGGCACGUGACGAGUCCGUACAGCCAUAGCCAGAAAUGUACUGGAUGUGGUGUGCCGGGUGCGGAAAUAUUUUCUGGGUUGACCCGGACAAUCCCGGCAAUAAUGAAGCCCUGGGUAGAGCAGUUUGGCCAUGCUGGGUGACCAUACGUAGCACAUUCUUAAGGGGGGUGUUCACCCGUAAGCAGUUUUGAACCGAGAAUUGUCGACCGGCGCCGUACAAUUUAAAUAUUCCCUGACCAAGUGUCACUCGUUGGGAGUGAUGCUAUAAAAGAAAAAAAGCAAAGGUGACAGACUGAAGCGUCCGGCAGGGUAGUGUUUGGGUGAGCAGCGUGUGUGUGCGCGCAACACUUUGCAGCUUAAAGCUCCUCAACCACUGAGCUGCUCCUCCUAAGCCUUGAGAAUGGGUGCCUGUACGAUGGUUUAAUCUCGCUCGGAAGUUGCUCUGGCUUUUUAACUUUUCCACUGCUAACUUUCUUUUUCAUAACAAACGUGCAAAAGAAUAUACAGGGUCAGUGGAGCCCAUUGAGAGCAAAGCGGUUUGUGUACAAAACCACAGCUUUCAUGCAACAAAUUAUUCAAAUAUAAAUAUCACGAGUAAACGUAAAAAAGUAAAACGAUAAAACAUUAAAAAAUUCGAAGUGAAAAGUAUAACGAAUGAGAGUGGGUAUCGUAAUCGAUAUGAGCUAAUGUUUAAAUUUGCCUUGUGGCUACUGUAACUUCUAAAUAAAGAACCAACAUUAGCGACA